AGGUCCAGAGAACUUUACCUUCUCCGGAGUCCUUUUCAAGCGCGGCGGUGUCAUCCUUCUUUCUUGAUGUUCGGAGUAUAUUUGGGUUGUAGAGCUGGAGCAGCAGUCCGCUCUUGUGGCUUAAGAUUUCCAAUUAUGCCUUUGAGAGCUAAGGUUAUCAAUCCUGCAUUUGCGGGAAGAGCACAGGUUUGGGAAAUUUUUCUCGAUCUUUAAGACUGAAUGCUAAUAUGUAUUAUAGAUGGCGACGUCUUCAGAUGCUCCUUCAUAUGCCCAAGCCGAAGUUAUCAAAGAACUGGAAGGGGACGAAAAGGAAGAUGUGCUAUUCAAUACUUUAUAUGGAGUGAGAACCAUCGAGCUCAACAGACCUGCAAAGUUACAUUCCCUCAAUGGAUCGAUGAUUCGAAAAAUUGUACCAAGACUGCAGGAAUGGUCGAAAUCUGACAUGGCGAAUGUGAUCAUUGUCAAAGGAUCUGGACCCAAGGCUUUCUGUGCUGGUGGAGAUGUGGCAGCGCUUGCUAAGGAUAAUACCCAAGGACCAGAAGGACAAGCCCGGUCUACAGACUACUUUGCUCUCGAAUAUAAGCUCGAUCACCUUAUUGCAACUUAUCAAAAACCCUACAUUGCUUUUAUAGAUGGAAUUACGAUGGGUGGUGGUGUUGGAUUGAGUAUACAUGCUCCAUUUCGAAUAGCUACUGAAAGGACGGUGUUCGCUAUGCCUGAAACUACUAUAGGCUUCUUUCCAGAUGUCGGAGCUUCAUUCUUUUUACCUAGGAUGGCUGGAUCUGUUGGAACUUACCUCGCGUUGACUAGUGAGCGGCUGAAGGGAGUCAAUGCCUUUUAUUCUGGAAUUGCAACACAUUAUAUCCACUCAACGUCUUUACCGAGCUUGGAGAAGCGUUUGGCGGAAUUACGAUUUAAGGAUUUCGAAACCCUAGAGCAAAGAGCACAAUUAAUCAAUAGCACUAUUGAGGAAUACUGCACAGGUCUGCCUCAUGAUGAACCAAUGCUCAUCAGUGGCGAAUUGCGAAAGGCUAUCGAUCGUCACUUCAGUAAAUCAAGUGUUUCUGAAAUUAUUGCUGGUCUAAAGGCCGAGCAUGUUCUCCUAGAGGCCGAAGCGGCCGAAGCGGCGGCGGCGGCGGCGCAAUACGGUCUGGAAGCCCCGGAAAACCCAAUCAAGGGAUGGAUUGAAAGAACUCUUGCUACCUUGCAUCAGCGAUCACCUACGAGUGUUCAUGUAGCACUACGUCAAAUGCGCAUUGGCAAAGAUUGGUCGAUUACCGAGACUUUCCAAAGAGAAUACCAAAUUGCUGCUAAAUUUAUGCGUCAUCCGGAUUUCACGGAAGGCAUACAAUCAUUGCUUGUCCGCAAGGAUAACUCUCCCCAAUGGCAACCACGAACCUUGGAAGACAUCAGCCCAGAGGACAAUGUUGCGGAUCCAUUCUUUGCAGUUGAAGGAUCACAGCGGAUAAAACUACUCAGCGAUCGCGAUUACCAUGAAUAUCCAUUUAAGUUUGGAGUUCCAAGGGAAAUUGAAGUCGAGAAGGUAGUGCGGGAAGGUGGAAAGUCGAUGUUCCAAGUUGUCAAUCACUUCCUCCAAGCGACGGAAGGAAAACAAGGUGUAAAGGAAGUGGUGGCGGAGAUCAUCGAAAGGAAAACAACGAAGAAUGAACUAGGACAUCUUGUAUGGGAGCAAGAGCAAGAGCAAGUUCCAAAGUCCUAAAUCCUCACAGUGAGAGCUUUUAGUAAGUCAUGUACAUGUUUUUAAUGUAUGAUAUGGGUAUUCGUGCAACGAUGAGAAGGAUAAAAGCCAUCGCCUAAGGUAUAAAUUAUUUUGUGAAGUCGAUAAAUUAUUAGCGGUCGCAAUAAAAAAGAAAUGCAAAUAAAA